GUAUUUGGUUUGUUUAUGUUCUAUCAGUCUGUGCUCGUUGUCUGUGCGCCAUUGCGUGCCACUGAUUUAGUCGAUUUAGUUUUAACGCAAAUUAGCUGGAUUUCUUAUAAGUGCGGGAAUCGGAGCAACAAUGGGCACAGAUUGCAUGCAGCCGGGCAAACGGGGCCUCACGGUGUCGGUUGUUGUUUUAGGCGGUGCCUGCUUAACGGUAAUGCUGGCCUAUUUGGCGUUCGGGGACAGCACUGAUGAAUCCGGCCUGCGUACGCUUCGUAUGGUGAGCAUCAUCUUUCGCCAUGGUGAUCGUUCGCCCACUGAAUUCUAUCCAAACGAUCCGCAUCGAAAUCAUCACUGGACUGGAGGAUUGGGUGCUCUCUCUGAGAAAGGAUCUCAGCAAAUGUAUCAACUAGGCAAACUGCUGCGCCCACGAUACUAUCGGCUGCUUCCACCGAACGGGCUGUACUCCAAGGAGCACAUGACGAUCGUCAGUAGCUACGCGGAACGAUGUAUCAUGAGCGCUCAAAGCUUUAUCGCUGGAUUUCUUCCCCCGCUGGAAAAUACUAAUCCCCUGCCCAUUCCAUGGCAACCUGCAGCUGUAAAUGUAUUGCCACGGGAUCGUGACACGAUUUUAGCUCAAAAGCAACCCUGCCCAAGGUACGAACAAUCGAAACAACGUCUUGUAGCCUAUCCUCCGAAAGAUAUAAGAGAAUUGUACGAAAAGAAUGCUGCGCUGUUUCGCACGCUAAGCCAAGGAACUGGACAAAACGUCAGUACCAUACUCGAUGUGGAGCUGCUGUACAACACAUUGGAGAUAGAGAAAUCGGCUGGGCUGGAACUGCCGGACUGGACGGAAGGUAUUUUUCCGCAGAAGAUGUUACCUAUUGCUGAGCGCAGCUUGGCACUGAUAACCGAACUGCCGCUGAUGAAAAAAAUCAAGGGCGGUGCGAUCGUGGCCGAGUUGCUGGAUAAUGCCAUUCGCCGACGAUCGGGAAUACUGAUACCCGAGCGGAACAUUUUCAUCUAUUCGGGCCACGACGUAACGCUGGUAAACUUCAUGCGCGCCUUAAACAUCAUCGACCAGACGACGGGUAAACCAGACUUUUCGGCAGCGAUCGUAUUCGAGCUGCACCAUAGCAUUACGUUUGAUGACGAUUUUGAGGUGAAAAUCGUUUACUUCUUCAACAGUGACGAUAAGUACCCGAAGGAGAUAGAAAUACCCAACUGUGAAAGUCCUUGCUCUUUGACCAAGUUUGAACAGGUGAUGGAGACGGUGCGUCUCAGGAACUACGAUGAAACUUGUCAGCUAGUUUGAAGGCUUUGUUUGGGUGGUAUGUGCCUCCGUUCGGCACGAUAUAUUGCCACAUACCUCACUCGUUACACUUUGAUAUUUGUAAGAGUCUCGUGAAUAAUGUUAGCUUAAAAGCACACUUUGCCAAAUGCCAAAAAGACAAUCUCAUUGAAAACAAAUUCGAACAGUCAUCGUUACUUAAUUCUUUGUUAUUUGUGUACUAUCGUUAUUGAAAUAAAAGUGUUACUAAAAUGUUAAAUUUGUUCAUCCGUAAGCCAAAAGCUAGAUUCGCUUUAGUGUAUCUUUAAGACAGUGGUCGGUCAGAAGUAAGUAUAGUUCGCUUUACAGUAACUGGAAACUUAAAGCUAUACUAUAAAUUAUCAAGCUAUGGAAAGAAGUCUUCAAAGUUAUUAGAUACAUAGCGGGAAUAUAUUAGUAAUAUAUAAUGCGGAUUGCCGUCAUGGAUCUACCCCGAUGCCUACGCUAAUAUAACAAAUCCAAUUCCAGUUCCAAUCCGGAAAAAAAGCUCCUAAAGGAUCUGAACAACUCCGGAUAUAAUUCCGAAUGAUAUUUUGAAUAGCCUGAAGUGCAUGACAUGAGAUAUGAAUUUACUUAUUAUUCAACGCUGUGUUAAAGGUGUACUGUUGGAGAGUAAAUAACACCACUCAAUGGCAAGUGUUGUGAUAACAGAUAACAGAGAAAUAAAUUCCACGGGUUCGUCGUUUAUUUACAACUAGGUCAGGUGAAGUAAAAGUUAUAAUUAGAGGAGCGUCAAAUGGCAACAUUUUUGCAAGUAUUUUUGUACCACCUCAACUCAGAAGAAGUAAGGACAUUGCUCUAAAAUGAAGUUGUAUAUGAAUACUGUGAUUCACAACAUCCUUCAAUUACAGUAAUACAGAGCGGAAUAUAUUUUGUGCUAAUAAUGGCUGGUAGUGGGAGAUUCCGAAUGGGUGGGUUCAGUCACGGGUUCAACCCCCGUAUGGACCGUGUCUCCAUACGUAGGACUGACUAUCUUGAGUAGUGGUACAGGCAGGCCUUGGCCGACAACGGUUAUUGUGAUAAAGAAGAAGAAGAAGUUAUGUUUCUUCCUUUUUUUAGUGUUCAGCCAAAGAAUUUCACAAUUGUGCAAAAGGGUUGACCGACUCUUGACUGAGUACAUUCAUGGGGAGAGGGGAGGGGGAAGCUGCAAAAAGGUUGAGAACCACUGGUCUGAAAGGCUUAUUCCAAAAAGUGUAGUGGAUUGUAGGCGGAGAAUGGACAGGCUAUUUACAGUCAUACUAUGUUCAAUUACCUACCCCUUUUGAAACAAAUGUGCAGACAUGCGGACUUUGAAAUGGUUGGGAGUUUGCUUAACCUUCGUUUCUAUGACCACAAAUACACCCUCAUCUUUAUGACCACCUACCCGGGUAGGUAAUACAUUUUAUAAGGGAAUUUGUAUUUUUAUUGGUCAAAAAAUGUCUUAUUUAACUUAUUCUAUACAGCUAUAAUAACAAUACUUGUUUUCAUGUUAUAAAUUUAUGAAGUAAGGCUUUUAGUUACAUAAAUUGAAUGCAUAGCAAUUAGUUCAACUGACACUAAUACACCGCCAUGUCUUCCCGACUGUCGGGGCAAUCAUUUAUUCUAUGUGACUUUAGAAGAAAAUUAAGAGCUAUAAAACUUUUGGAAUAGAUUCUAUAAAUAUAACUACAUGCAUUGCUAUACAUAUCAUUACAAAAUUAGCGACUAAUUCAAACCAAAAUCCUUUAUUGUAUGUAUUACCUACACGGGUAGGUGGUUAUAGAAGUAAGGGGUAAAAGUUGAUUUUAUUUUUUAAAGCACAUUUUAAAAAAUUUAAAAAUUCUGAAUUUUUUACCACUCUUUUAAAACAUGUUUCUCUAGGGAUUCUUACUUUUUUUUUU